UGCUUUCUUUCCUAUCGGUUCAGUUUGCACAGAGCUCGCUGGCUGCUACAUAGGGCUGGCUUGUGGCUGCGGCUGUCUGAACCAUGAACAGCUUUAGGGGUACCAUCUUCCUCUGGGCAGUGGUAACAUGGGCUAAAAUGGGUGAACUUCUGGGAGAGACAGAUGAGGCUGGAUCUCAAACAUGCAAGAAUGCCUUAAAACUGCCAGUUCUGGAAGUCUUACCAGGAGGGGGUUGGGAUAAUCUGCGGAAUGUGGACAUGGGACAGGUGAUGGACUUGACUUACACCAACUGCAGGACCACAGAGGAUGGACACUACAUCAUCCCCAAUGAAAUCUUCACCAUCCCCCAGAAACAGAGCAACCUGGAGAUGAACUCAGAAAUCCUGGAGUCCUGGGUCAAUUACCAGAGCAGCACUUCCAACUCUAUCAACACGGAGCUCUCCUCCCUUUUUUCCAAAGUCAACGGCAAGUUCUCCCUGGACUUCCAGAAGAUGAAGACUCUUCAAGUGAAGGACCACGCUAUAACCACUCAGGUUCAGGUAAGAAACCUGAUCUACACAGUCAAAAUCAACCCAGUUUCAAAACUAAACUGGGGGUUUAAGAAGUUGCUCAUGGACAUCUCUGACCGUCUGGAGAACAACCAGACGCGGAUGGCCACCUACUUGGCAGAGCUCCUGGUCCUCAACUAUGGCACCCAUGUUGUCACCAGUGUGGAUGCCGGGGCGGUUCUCAUCCAGGAGGACCACAUCAGGUCCUCUUUCCUCCAGGACAGCCAGAGCAGCCAUAGUGCUGUGACUGCAUCUGCCGGAGCUGUCUUUUUUGAUGUUGUGAACUUCAAAUUUGAGGAGAACUACACCUCACAGAAUGCCUUCACCAAGAGCUACCUUGCCAACAGAACCAACUCCAGGGUGCAAAGCAUUGGAGGGGUUCCUUUUUACCCAGGCAUCACCCUGCAGACCUGGCAACAGGGCAUCACCAACAACCUGGUGGCCAUAGACCGCACGGGCCUGCCUCUGCAUUUCUUCAUCAACCCUGACAUGCUGCCUGACUUGCCGGGGCCCUUGGUGAAGAAGUUGUCUAAGACGGUGGAAACUGCUGUGAGACGCUACUACACCUUCAACACCUACCCUGGAUGCACAGAUCUCAAUUCACCCAACUUCAAUUUUCAGGCCAACACUGAUGACGGCUCUUGCGAGGGGAAAAUGACCAACUUCUCCUUUGGUGGGGUUUAUCAGGAGUGUACCCAGCUGUCAGGGAAUGGGGCUGUCCAAGUCUGUCAAAACUUGCAGCAGAAGAACCCACUCACUGGUGAUUUCUCCUGCCCCUCUGGCUACUCCCCAGUACAUCUGCUAACCCAGAUCCACGAGGAGGGUUACAAUGGCCUGGAGUGUGUACGGAAGUGCACCCUCCUUGUCUUCUGCAAGACAGUGUGUGAAGAUGUAUUCCGAGUGGCAAAGGCUGAAUUUAAGGCUUUUUGGUGUGUGGCCAGUGACCAAGUACCAGAAUACUCAGGACUACUUUUCGGGGGCCUCUUCAGCGGUAAGAGCAUUAACCCUUUGACAAAUGCACAGUCAUGUCCAGCUGGUUACUUUCCAUUAAGACUCUUUGAAAGCCUCAAGGUAUGUGCCUCUCAGGACUAUGAGCUGGGGUAUAGGUUUUCGGUCCCCUUCGGUGGGUUCUUUAGCUGUGCGGUUGGGAACCCCUUGGUGGAUUCUGCCAUAUCCAAAGACUUAGGGGCACCUGCUCUGAAAAAGUGCCCUGGGGGUUUCAGCCAACACCUGGCCUUCAUCAGCGAUGGAUGCCAAGUGUCCUACUGUGUCAAGUCUGGGGUCUUUACAGGAGGGGCUCUGCCCCCUGCCAGGCUCCCACCUUAUACCCGUCCACCCCUCAUGAGUCAGGCUGCCACCAACACUGUGAUAGUGACUAAUACUGAGACUUCAAGCUCCUGGAUUAAAGACUCCCAGACCAACCAGUGGAGGCUGGGAGAGCCAGUAGAGCUGCGCCGGGCCAUGAAGGUCAUCCAUGGGAACGGCGGUCUGUCAGGGGGAGAGGCCGCUGGCGUCACAGUGGGGGUCACCACCGUCCUAGCAGUUCUCAUCGCCCUGGUCAUCUAUCGCACUCGGAAGUACAAGAAGAGGGGAUACCAGGUGAUCGAGGAUGAGAGGCAGAGUGUGGCUCCUGGCGCUGCCGAGACAGGGGACACCCCUGACCAAGAGCAGGAGCGAUGUCCAGCCUAAACCUGUCCCAGAACGCUGUUUCACUUCUGGGCAGAGCUUCAAGCAUGUCCUUCAUUCCUUCUCUCUCCACUUCUGCUUCCUAACUAUUGAAGAGGCAAGUGCAGUCAAAAUCAGGUGUAACUUGGUGACUUCUUUAUGUUCCCGGGCCAGGGCAUUAGUACAGCUACGCAGACAACUCUGAGGUAGGGGGUGGGGAGAAGUUGUGGCUUGUUAAGCAAGAGUCUUCCUGGGAAUAAAAAAUGAAGAGGUAUCUUUUCUCUA